AUGUCCACCUUCAACACCCCAUAUACCGACUCCAUUACGCCACCACUCGACCUGGAAUGUACUACUCCCGCGCCAUCAACACUGGCCAACCACAAUAACGCAAGCCAAACGGAGAUGUACCCCGGUCCACCUGUGAAUGUCUCUUCGCCUCCCCAAACAAACUCCCACCGGGUCAGCAAAGCCAUGAAGGGCAAGAGAGUUCAUGCGUGCCAGUGCCCUGGAUGUCCGAAGGUAUUUACCAGAGCUGAACACCGCAGACGACAUGAGCUCAGCCACGAGCCUAAAAAGAAAUACCCUUGCUCAUACGAAGGGUGCAAAAAGGCAUUCCAUCGCCCGGACUACUUGGCUCAGCAUUUAGGUCGACACGCGGCAUCAGCAGCAAAAGAAAGCACAUCAUACGCGCGAAGCGACACAUCACCUCGACGGACGGGCCUACAACAGCAGAUGCAGCCGCAACCAGCGAAUUCACCUCCUAUCCCAUUUCAAGCGGAUACUGUCAAUAAUUAUUCUGGAGUAUGGGGCAGCAUGGAUUCCUCAAUCUCAUGUCCCCAGUACGCCCGGGGCCAGAGCCAGUCUUCUGCAUCUGCUGAUGACCACCCAUCGCCCUAUUCCUAUACGAACGAUAUGUGCAGCUCACCCGUCGCGAGCGACUCUUUCUCGAACCCCCAAUAUCCCGCCUCAGGCAUGCCGGUAGAGAUGGUGACAGCCAUCGAUCAAUACCUCCGGAGCAUCCUGAAGCCCGAGGCCUUUUCAUCGCCCCACCAGGAGAUGAACCCCGCGAUUUGGAGUUCGGAUAUUGAUAUCGAUCCUACGUUGACCGAUCCUACGUUUACAAAGAUCGAGAGCCCAGACCAACUACCGCUCUAUUCAUGGCCUCCACCUCACCAUUUCCAAUACGAGGAUCAUCCAGUGCAGAUGAACCACCCAUCCGACAACCGCUGA